AUGACGGAAAGAAAGUUUACCACGCUCAGAAAGCGUUUAGAUCAGCUUGGCUACAGGCAAGCUUUGGGGAUUGAAUCUGUUCCUUUAGUGGAGAAGUUGUUUAGCGAUCUUGUUCAUACGACAGAGAGCCUAAAAAAUGUUAAACUUCAACUGGGAAAGCAAGAGAAGGAAAGGACAGUUUACGAAGAUAAUGUGGAGCCAUAUAGAAGUGAUAAUGCAAAACUGGUCAAAGAAAACAAUGAGCUUCACCUGCAGCUCAUAAAAUUACGAGAAGAAACUGAUCAGGUUAUCAGAGAUCUGAAAACCAGCGUCCGAAAGUUAGAACAUGAAAAUGCGGACCUGAAAUUUUUAAAUACACAAUAUGUGCAUAAAGUUAAGGCUUUGGAAAAGGAAAACAAGUCGAAAACUGAAAGGAUACAGGACUUACAGGAGAAAAAUUUGCAUGCAGUUGUCGAAACUCCAGGUGGACGAAGGAAACAAAUACCACUCCGUCGACAACGUAUGGAUAUUGAAAGCAUGGUUUCUCCUGCUCGUGAUCUGAACGACAAGGCAGAUGAUGUACACGAUCCCUAUGUAGCAGACUUGUUAAACGUGGCUGAUACAAGAAUAGAGGAUCUGCAAGUUCAAGUGUCGCAACUUCAGGACGAGAAAUCGAGCACUGAGAGACGGAACAAGAGUCUUCGAAAACAGGUACAACUUUCAAGUGCAGUGACUUCCGGAAGCAAUCGGCAGAAUAUUGAUUUAAAAAUUUAGCAUGUAGAAGCGAAAUAACCGGAGAUUUUUUCUGCAUUGCAGACAUUCAUUUUGUCUUUAUCUAUUUUCCUUUCGUUUUAUUUUCUGCGAUCUGAGAUUUACAGGUUUAAUUUUAGCUAACCUUUCAAGUGGUUGUAGAUGCUAGUAAUUAACACUUCUAGCUUGUGUUGAAUUAGUGGCGAUUUACAAUUGAUUUAGAAACUCUCGUAUGAUUUACACUUUGCAAUAUAUGGCUUAUGUCAUUAUGGAUUAUUUCAAUGACUGGAUUUGUUUUAAUUUGCACACCUCUGACAUAACUCUCAAUCAUUCAAAACAUCAGGCUAUUAAAUUGUUCUUUGAAUUUUCACCUUUCAUAUAAGUCACUCAAAAAUAGAACCAUCUCAUAUCUCAAAAUUAUCAUAAUUGAAAGCUUGCUCAAUGUCACCUGCUUUUUUUUCUCUUAAAUUUUCAAGGUGAAUUGAAAAUUAACAAUGAAAUUGAAAUAUUGUUUAACUUUACAUAGAUAAUAGCUUGGAUGUUUGAAUGAAAUAUUUACUCUGCCUUCUGCAUAUUAUUUUGAGUGGCUAUGUAAAUGCUAGGUGCCAAAAUUAUAUUUCACACAAUUGAGAAUUGUUAUAGCACAGAUAUACUGUCAUUUAAUAAAAGAUGUCAGUCAAAACUUGAUGAGAGAAAUUUGACGAUGUCACAUGGAAAAAAAACAAGUGUUUUUAAAGUUGUAAAGAUGAAAAUUCUUUAUAAGUUAUUGACAAGGUGCCUUGAGAGCCUUAAAAGGUUUUGGAUCAUAUCUCAAUUGUGUCCUUUUUCAUUUAAGGGAUGAUCUUGCCUUUGUAUUUAUCAUAAUAACCAAUUUUUAACACACAAAAAAAAUUUUUUUAGGUGGAGUCUCGUGAUAAAGAAAUUGAGAGGUUGAACCAGCUGCUGGAUGGUGGGCGUCCUGUGGAUGCAGUCCUUAGAGAGAGUAAAAAAGACAGCAGUGAAAGAGUUGUGGCUCAUCUUAAUGUUCAGGUAUUUAAGUACAAUCUCUGCUUUGGGAUGUUUGACAGAUGUGUUGGCCUGGUAGAUUACAGGCUCGACCUAAGAUUACUGGGUUUGGGUUUGAGCCCAAUCCUGGCCAAUUUGUUGUGCUCUAUGAGUAAGACACCACUGGUUGGUUAGCUCAGGUUGAGACCAACAGUUAAGGCUUUUAAAGAACCAAUGCCAUAGCAAAGGAAGGAGAGACUCUGCUGCCUUUGCUAUGACAUCUGCAAAUGGUUGGCCAUUUUUGUCUUCUUGGAUAAGGACAAUAAAACGUAACCCCUGUCUUCUGGAGGGGAUGUUAAAGAACCCAGACACCUCUCAUGAAGAGUAGUGCAUGUAGUUCCCUAUGUUGAUAUAAUAUAUCAAUGUUAAUUCUACUCUCUCACUGUACACAUUUUCUUGUUGAUCUAAAACCAAAUUCUCAUAACCAACUUACAAGGAAAUGUGUAGCAGCUAGAGAGGAAAAUUAAUAGUCAGAUCUUGGGAAUUUAAGACUUAAUCAGCCUGCCAUUUCUUAUGUUUCUAUCAGGUGGAUUAUCUGCAGCAGGCUAAUCAUGACUUAGAAAAGCAAUUAAAAGAUACAGUCGACCAGAAAGUUGAGGCAACCAGGCGAGCCAAUGAGCUGGAGGCGACAAAUGCUGAUCUUCUUCUAGAGCUUAAAGAUCUCAACAGACUAUCCAGACAAGUUGAGCAGGAUAAAGAGAGAGAUGUCAUUGCUAUACAAUCAGAGUUGUCAGAUACAAAGGUUUCAUUGGCGAUUUUUAAAUUUUUAAAUCUCCCUCAGUUGAUACUCUUUUACUGGUAAAUUGAAUUUCAUCUAAUAAUGGUCUUUGGAUCUUUUCAGGCUGUUCUUAACAAUCUUCAACAUCAAGAAGGGACCCAUAGAACAGAGAUGCAGGAGCUCAGAAAGGUGGGUUGGAUCCCAAAUGCUCAGGUGUCAGUAUGCUCCAGAAGCAUCAGUGCCAGCAUUCUCACCAGCUGUUUGUUCCUGAAAUUCCCCUGCUUUACCCUUUAACUCCCAAGAUCUGAUUGUUAAUUCUCCCCUCUAGCUGCUGCACAUUUCCUUGUAAAUUAGUUACGAGAAUUUGGUGGUAAAUCAAGAUAAUAAAAACUAAGUAUUCUCAUUAUUUGCUAGCUGGAGAAUAUGCAUACUGACAUUAGAGUGCAAAGGGUUCAAGGUUUUGACCUAAGUCUCUUCUUAGGAUUAUAUUUUAGAAUAAUUAUUACUUUGCUCAUUUCUUUCUUUGCCUUUAGGAACGUCAACGCCUGAUGGAAGAAAACGAGCGCCUGGCUGUGCUUAUGGAAAAUGCUGAACAAGAUGUGCAUCAUGUCACAGACUUACUGGAUAAAUCUGACAAGGAGAGGAAACGUCUGUCGGAGAGAAAUGCCCAGCUCACCAUUAAUGGUAUAAAAUAUAUUUAUGACUUAUUUCUUGAUCUGAAAUUCUCUUCAGUCUGGGCUGUGAAGCCUGGGGAUAUUUUUAUUUUGUCUGUAAGAGAUGCUAGCACACAGCAAGUGUAAAAUUUAAUUGCUGAAGUUAUUGCAACAUUUAGCUCCUUUACCGACAGUCUGAUGUCCCAUUAUACUCAGGCCUGUGUGAGGAGAGAUACUGUGAGGGUAAAGUGUGUUACCUGAGAGCAAAACACCAAUACCCUGAUUACGUGUUGUUGUUGGAGUAAUCUCCAAUUGAGGGUUGCAAGUAAUCCCAUCAUCUGGGAUUACUUGGUUUUUGUUUUACUUCACUCUGUGAGUGGUCGAGAAAACUUACCCCACACUCUCAACCAAUCAGAUGCAAAACUAAAACCAUGGCUUGGAUACUUGUGUUUUCCUCAGGGCUUUAAGCAUUGUUACUUUGAGUACUCAUUGGCUCUUAAAGGUGUUUUCCUUUCCUCUAAUUGGCUUUUGUCAGUGAUUACUUUGGUUUUGGUAUUAUGACAUUCAAUCAAAGAGAGCUGUUCAUGAACAGUGUUGACGAUAAUUGUCACAAAUACCUCUCGAGCCUGAAAUUGAACAAUAACUUUGUAAGACUAAUGGCCAAUUGGUGUGUUUUAUCACAUACUAAUGUUGUACCCUGUUGUUAAGAUACUGCCAUAAAUGAUGAUGUUUUUUGUUGUUGUUUAUUCAGAGAGGGAGCUUGUCAUGGAUCUAGAAAGACUUAAGUUGACCAAGUCUGUGAAGCCUAAGAAAAGUCGAGACAAGGUACAAUUAACUGCUAACUUCUUUCUUCCAAGACAGUUUGUCUUAUUGGCUGUAAGUUAACAAGGGUUACUAGGCAACUCAUUGAUAAAAUACAUGGGUUUCAGCCUUGUUUGUGCGAUCAGCGUAGGAGUUGUUUCCAGAUCUAAAAGCCAAAUAAAACUGCUGAAUGAUCCAGCUAUAGUAACUGACUGAGUGAUUUUUCUCGACGAAGGCUAGAGACACAAGUGCGAACAAAGUGAUGGGACUUGUCUGUGUUUUCUUUCCCUUUUUUUUGACUUUUUAUCUUACUUUCAAUCUUGCUGUUGUUUCUUUUUCAUAUCACUUUAAAUUUUGUUAAAUCUCUCUUACGCUUGUCACUUGCGUCUGUUUCGAGUGCUUGUGGAAUUAUCUUCAAGUAAAUUAAACCAAGCUUUUCGUUCCGUCAGUCUCCUUCCAAGAUAGAAUCGCUAGUGAAAACGUUAGAGAAGGAGAGAGAUUACUACAGAGGAGAAUGUGAAACACUUCAAGGAAUGAUGAGGAAACGACUCUCUGCUUCGCCUCCUUCAAACCGCAAAGGAAGCAAGAGUAAAGGAAAGGUGAGAUCCUGUGCGCAAGGUCACUCCCUUGAGUUGUAAUCAAAACCAAUUUCAAAGUGACCACCACAGCUAAUCAGAACAAAGGUCAAAAUCCGGGAAAUCAAUCCCAAAGUGUUCUCAAUAGCCAAUCAAAACACUAGAAAAUGUCAUUAGUAGCCAAUGAGAAUUCAAGGAUACAACGCGCAAACUACUAGAAGCGCGGGAAAACACGGGUGGCCAAGACGCGAUUGGUUUGUGUUAUAUUUGUUGUGGACCAGUUACGAAGCAAAGUGGUGCAAAAAAACGUGAUCUUGAAUUACUUCCCGCAUUUGUUUGAAAAUUAUCCCUAGAAAACGCUGUAUUGUAUUGUAUUUGCAGACGAUUGGACAUCUAGAGAGCAUGACACAACUUUUGCAGGAGGAGAGAGACUUUUACAAACGAGAAUGUGAACUUCUUAGAAAUAUGAAGGAGAAGAGCGUAUUAAUGUCACCUCCGACAAGAGAAAGGGUAUUAUGUUCACCUACUUUAUUUAGUCCACUUUUCGAUUGGGUCGCCAAACCAGAAUCAAAGAAAUUUCAUCAGCGAAAUACAAGGAAAACAUCACGACAAGCUUAAGAGAAUUAUGCUGUUAAGUAAGAAGCGUAAUUAACGCCUGCAUUGUCCUGUAAGUGCCUUAAUCGGGCUGCUUUUAACCAACCACGCUUGUCAUGUCAUGUCAUGUUAUGUCAUGGAUUUUGUCAUGAUUUUAUUGAUCGAGAAGGUAGAUCAUCGAUGUGGUCUUCACCCAGAUUUUCACUAAUCCUUUUCUAAUGUUGUUCCAGGUAUCACGUGACAGCCCCAGCGAAGUGAACCGUUUGAGGAGAGAGAGGGAUGAACUCCAGUCAUUAGUAGAAAAAUUCGAAAAACAUCUCACAGAGGUGUGGAAUUAUGAUAUAUUGUUAUACUGUUGCUUAAAAAUAGUGCUAGACUUAGUGAUAGAAUGGUAUGUGCUUUUGAAUCCGAUCAAUACACUGUAGGUCUUUGUUCAACCCUCUGACACCUAAGAGUGACUAGCAUCUAAUUUCUCAUUUCGAAAUCACCCCUGAAUCGCGCUUAAGGUCAUGAGAAUAAAGGAAAUGAUCACCUACUGAAGAAGCUCGUUAUUGAAACAUUCUCCUGUCAGCACUCAAGGAAAUGUAUAGAGAUCAGUGUGGAUGUUUGGGUAAAAAAGGGUUACACCCUGUCUAGGUCAUUGCACAAGACAUGGUUCUCGGUUCUUCUCGUCACCAAGGGUAUCCUGGUUGACGGCUUUGGCAGACUCGUAUCCAUUCAUCACUUUUUUUCUGUCUGCAAAGAAAUCUGGGAAGGGGAUGGAGCGCACAAAAGCACUUGGGAAGGAGGGGGAAAAGUGGCUUCCCUUGAUGAAACGCGAGUUUGCUGAAUCCUUCCCGUCCUGAUCAAUCACUCGUCGAAUAAGAAGAAGCAACAGGGUACGAGUGUGGGCCUUGGGUUACUCUAUAAUGGACUAGUAUCUCAUCCAGGGGGGGUACCAAUACUGCUUCCGCAACAGAAAUCACGACGAAUUACACUUUUCCAGUCUAAAGGUUGCCUUCAGAGAUAUAUGAUAUAGGUUGUACAGUUGUUGUAUAGUUGUACGGUUGUACAAUAUCGCCUUUGUCAAUUUUAGAUUCAAGAGAAUGUGAAAACACUGACGCAAGACAGGGACAAUAUUCAACUCCUUUACGAGCAGGUUAGCGAUGCUUUUUUUCGAUUAUGAGGGCUCAAAGUGAGAACAUGUAAGUGGUCUCGCAUGCGGGAGCACGAUCCUACUAGUGCUCAAGUCGCAAUUGGUUUGAAUUGUUUUUACCUUAAUUUAAUCGAGAAGGUGACGCGAGUUGUAAGCUCAUUGGGGCAAAAAAUGCAAUGCCAAAGAUGACUUUGCACACGUAAUAGAAAUUCCCUCCAAAGAGAGCACACAAAAACGUGUAUUUACUCUUUCCAGGCCACGGACGAAAUCCAAAGACUGCGCCGUCAGGUUUCUCAAGCCCGGUCUCCUUCACCCUCUCGAGCAGCCUCGGCUGUUUUGUUACGAGUGGAGUCUGAGAGAGACGCGGCACUAGCUGAUCUUCGACGAACCAAUACUCAACUUGACAAUCUUGAGGACAAGCUUAAGGUUUGUAGCUAUGUCGGAAAUGAAGAAAGCCUAAAAUUUACCGCAGUAGGAAUUAAGAUGCAAUAAGUUUCAUAACGUUUUUUCAGGCCUCUCAGGAAAGCAGUCUACAAGAAAGACGACGAUAUGAAGAUAAAAUAGAGCGACUGGAAUCCAUGUUGGAAAAGGCAAGUUUUUGCGAGGAAGCCGAUUUUCGUCUUAUCCGAUAAUGUUACUAAUUUGUUACAAUAUAAAUCAAUUAUCCUCGACAUCAGGUAGAGGCAGAUAGGAAUGAGAUGCACGCUCGAGUGACGUCACUAAGAAACAUGGUGGCCAACCUCGAGGACCAAUUGAAACAGACCUCGGCCCAGCUCUCCAUGGCAAAGGACUCGGCCCUAGAACUUGAAUCCGAGGUCAUCAAGGUACAGCUAACCGCUGAUCAAGCUAAUCGCACAGCGGAAGACAGGGAAAGGAGAUUGAACAGGAAGGCAGGGGAGCUACAAGCAUCUGAAGAGAAAUGUGCUCAGUUGGAGCGUAGAUUAGGUCGGUAUGCUACAACAUUUUGAAAGAUCACAAACAAGUUUGUCACAAGGGUUUAGCAAAAAAAAAGCCUCAGUUCGCCACGAGGAUAAUAACCUCAGAUCUUUCGGUUUUGCCUUCUGUUGUUCUUUCACUGAGCGAAAUCUUUACUAAACUCGUUCAUAACAAGCGAAUAUGUGGAAUGAAAAAUGUCUUCCUCAUUGUUUUUACUUGCGCGAUGUUGUGCUGAUUCUAGCAACAUGCAAAACUCCUUUCGUCUAGAAACUUAAAAUUACCUGCUUUAGCGGUGAUAGUUAUCUGUGGCUCAGUAGUGGGACAGAGCGCGUUAUCCGAAAAUUUGGGGCUAAUUUCUUGUGGGAAACUCCGAUUUUCCCUCUUUCUAUUUAGUUGACAAGAGAGCUAAAAAAAUUACCUUUUUUCUUAUUAAACGCUAAUUUUUUUCGUCUCUCUAGAGGAAAUUGAGAAGAGAAAUGAAGAGCAGAGUUUUGAAACUGCUGAGAUAAAAGCCAGUCUGAAAUCAUUGGAUCGUGAGAGAGAUGACCUACAACAGCAAGUGGACGAGAAAACGGAAGAGAUCAUUCAAAUGGAGGCCAAGAAAAUACAGCUGGUUAGUUAGACAACAAAUUCUCCUUGUCAGCAACUUACGAAUUGUAUACAGAACAGUAUGGAGAAUAUGCAUACUGAUACUAGGGUGUACAUAAUGGUUUUUUUUUCCGGUUCCAAUAAAGACAAACUAAUUGUUUGCCUAAGACAAUCCACAAAAGAAUUUCUGGCAUGAGGCGUUCUUUUUGUUGACUUUCUUAUCAAACAACGCCGGGUAGUUAAUUGCACAAUUUUCCUAGGUGCUUCUGUCGUUACAACAAUUUUCGAUGUCCUUUUUGUUCGCGAAAUUACUACGUCGUAGCAAUUGGUGACACUAUCGAACGAAAGUUGUACUUGCUGAGUUACUUUUUAACUGUUAUAGAAGAAGUGUAUGAACGGUACUAGAGAAUUAUUAUUCAAAGAAAGCGUUGUUUUGAAAAGCGAUAUCAACAGAGUUCCAGAAACCACAGAGGACAAAGGAAUAGUUUAGAUCUUUCGAUUUCACUUAUUUCUUGAACAUUUGUGUCUUCAAUGGCGUGGUUAGCAGCGUUGCACUCGCUAAAUUAUCUUAAAACAUACAUUGAUGGGGAUGAGGUAAGAUUUAUUUAUAUUGACAGCUUCAACCAAUCGUUCUGCAAUCUUCCUGAAUCUUAUUACAAUGUAAUCUCAGUAAAUAUUCCAGUACUUCGCGUGUCGCGGCAAGAGAAGCCAACACUUUAUUCCCGUGCCUCAGAUCUCGCAGCUGAAUCUGUCGAGAUUUGCGGACUACGUGAAAAUCGUUAUUCAUGAUUACGUGAACGAUAAAUUUAUUCAAUACACAACAAUAUCUUUGAUAUCGAAAUACCUCGUUGUAAUUAGUCAGUUCCUUUAGCGACGAAUUUGAAGGUGGUGACUGCUCGAGGAGAAUAACUAAAUGAAAUGAUGGGAAGGUUUCAAAAACAACGACUAUAAAAAAUGUAUGGUCCUGCAAUUGCUAGUUUAUCAUUGUGUAAUUUUCCUUUCGUUGCCUUUAGGAGAAAGCUGAGAGCGAGUUAAAGAUGAACAUGGAAGAUGUCGAGGCCCAGUUGAGGUAUUCUGCGAUGCUUUUUCAUGAUAUAAACUGAUUUAACGAAGUAGAAGAGCUAGUUAAGUCUGUAGUCAAAACAAAGAGGACCAUUAAUUCAAAGCUUAUUUCGGUUUCUGUAGCUUUAAGUGACUGGAAGAGUUCUCUCCCCCCACCCCCACCCCCCUAAAUGGGAUGCUAGUCCAACUCAGGUUACCCCCCAGUUUUUGGCCAGGUUUCCCUAAUCGUAACCAUUUGCAGUCCUGGGUGGAGAGAGGCAUGGUGAGAGUAGAGUGUCCUACCCAAGAACACAUCACAACGACCCGGUCAGGUCUCGAACCCAGACCUCUCUUCUAAGAGCUCAGCCCGCUAACCGUAAGGCCGCCUUGUCUCCACCUUCAACGCACUCGGCGAGGUAAAGUCGGCAAAACAAAAUUUCAUACUUUAUGUUUUUUUUCUUUUUCUUCUCACCAACAGUCACGCUUUAGAACAGAGCGGCCUCAAAGAUAGAGAAAUAAAGAGUCUACGGCGGCAGUUAGAUUCCAGAGACGACGAACUGGCUGAAAUGACACGAGGAAGAGAAGUGGCUUUGAAAGAGAACAGGCGACUGCAGGCAGAUCUUAACACGAUGACUGAGGAACAUCAGGUAAGCAAAGAGAGUAACUAGUGUUUCCAUUCAGGUACACUCUCAAAGGAUAAAAGACGCUAACUACACUAACUAACAGAAGGCCAGCUACUCGUAAUAAAAUCAAUAAACCUGCUUAACAGGGAUGUCGUGCAUAUAAAGGAGAGUGGUAGAUAGUAUCUCUGGAAAGCCUGUUAUUUUUAGUUUCAAUUUGAAUUCAUUAAGAGAGUUAGAUUGUUUUAUCUCCUUAGGCAGGCUUUUCCAUGACACAGCCUCGAUAUAGCUAAAACUUCAUUUACAAUAAUUAGUGCAAGGCUUUGGAAUGGAUAGCUUGCAGACAGAAAUAAAGCAGUCGAAACUCUUUAGACACUGCGACGCUUGAGGCAUUGCUAAUCCUAGCAGCUGAGUAUGCAGGGCACGUGUCACAUUUGAACCUAGACAUUGUUUGGCUUACCGUCAACUCAUUGACUUAGCUGGUAAACGCAGCGGUCGAACGUCAGGUAUGCGCAAAGGUAUCAUUCCAUUUUGGCUAGCUGCGCGCCAUUUCCCGCGAAAAAUUUUUAAAUUUGUAAAAGCGAGAAAGAUGAAGAAAGUUGCUUGUUGUUUCGCGAGCGUAAGUAAAGGAAAUAUUUUGAGUUCCCACUGAGAAUCGAACCUCAGGCCUUUGGAUUUCGCCCGUGAUGUUCUACGCCUAAUCCACAAUGAACUCUUUAGUGAGCAAGGGCAUCACCAGGUGGAUAUGUGAAUCGCAGAUAAAAGAACAGAAACUCUGGGUCCCUAUGAGGAAUCAAACCUUGACCUUAGAGCGGGAAAGAUGUUCAGAAUUUGUUCGUUGUGGGACAGACUGAUAAAAUGGUAUGCCUAUUUUCCAGUCCAUUCAUCAGCAACUUCAAGACGCUUUAGAAGAACAAGAGAGUUUGAAGGUACAAAUAGCUGAGUACGCCAGACAAGUGGCUCGAGUGGAAGAACUUCUGGCUCAAAAGGUCGGUUCACCACAGUUAGAUCAUCGUCUUAGUUUUGUUGUUCCAUACAACGUCCUUGAAUCUUGGUUAAAAAAAAACCCUUCUUUUUAGCAAAAUAUCGUAAGUUUUUUGUGUUUGUUAGUGUUUUCGUCCCAUUUAUCUAAAGAGAAAUAUGAAUUCUAAAAAUUUUAUCCGAGAAAAAGCGCCUCUCGAUCGAGAGUCGUGGAUCCAAACUAAACGUGACCGCAUAGGCCAAUAAGAACAAAAGGAAAUGUUCGGAAAAGCCGAUGAGGAAUCGUGGUACAGGCGUCAAAUGCGGGUGACCAAGUCGUGUUAGUUUUACUCUAACAUUUGAUUGGUUUUUGAGGUUGGCGCCGGAAUUUUAGACCAAUCAUAGUGUAGAGUCAAGAGCGGGAAAAUGCGGCUUACCAAGUCAUGUUGGUUUUAUUCUUACAUUUGAUUGAUUAAGAGGGUGGCGCAGGAUUUCUUUAUCAUUUCUGUAUGUAGUGAAACAAACUCAGUGUAAUCCCAGAUUAUUGUUACAUUAUUUUGACAUUUGUCUGCAGGAACAAGAAAAAGAGGAACUUCUAGGGCAGUACCGAGUUCUGUCUGGUGAAACGGAGAGACUUGUCUCGGAGUCUAAGGCUUCUGCCGGACAAGUAAAUAACUAUCACAUGGAACUAAUACAGAAAGAACGCUCAGAGAUGGAACUCAGCGAUAAAAUACGAAAGCUUGAAAGUGAAAUACAACAGGUUGGUGACGACAAUUUAUUUUAUGCAUGUUUCUCGCUUUCGGGUUCACAUGAAAUUAAUGUUGAGCGACAAGCUCCCUACUAGCGCAGACCAUACUCUUUAAAUCAUAAUAAAAACAUGCAGGAAGGCCUCUCUUAAAGGGAAUAAAAAGAAUUUAACGAGGAUAUUCAAGACUGUAUGCUGCGGAAAUUGGCGAGAAGGUGUACUACAUUCUAGUUUCUGACCCAUAGAAAAACAUUUUAUCAUUCUUAAAGAUAACGAUGCUUCAUAUUGCAAAGGCAAACGCUAAAAAAAUACAAUUCUGUUUACGUAGUGGAUGUGAAUUAAUAAACAUUAAAGAAAUAAUAUCUUAUGAUUAAACUCCUAUAUAAACGUGAGCAAAUUCUAUUACCAUUGCUAAGAAAACUUUCACAGUAAAAUUUUUAUUGGCUAAUUUGGCAGCCGUAGUUUGGUCUUGUCACGCAACCCUCGAGAAUUCUCGCUUUGCAGGACGGGAUGAAACUACGGUCUCUUAAGAAACUUUAACCGAAUAUAACCUGAAUUUGUCUUGGAAAUCUUUCAUCAGGUGAGAGUUUCGCUUAGGAAUAAACGGCAACUGAUGAGGAGAAAUGUAUUGCAUCCACGCUCAUCAUCCGAGGAGAUUUCUGAAUAGCAAAAAUUUAAUCUCAACUUUGAUAUCGAACUUUAGAUACUGGAGACAACUUUUAUAAAUAUUAAGCAUGUAGUUGAUUGUUUAUAAAGUUUCUGAUUCAAAAUGAAAUGAGAAAAAGACAACCAUACUUAAUUUUAACCCUUGACACCCUACCAUCAGUGUGCAUAUUCUCCAUACUGUUCUCUAUACAUUUCCUGAAGCGCUGACAAGGAGAAUUUGUUUAAAAAUCAAGAGCUUUAUAAGUUGGUGAUCAUUUCCUUGAUUCUUGUGACCCUAAUGUUUGAUUCAGGCUUGAGUAUGUAAGGAGAAAUAAGAAGCUGGUCAGUCUUAGGGGUUAAAGGGUUGAUAAAGAAUUACUAAUUGUUAUUGAAUGAUUUCAUAAAUGGGGAAUUCCAAACUAGGAAAAUUGUUGAAAGGCAGUAAUGAAGUAUUUUACUAACUGUCAUUUAUUGUGCUCAUUGAAAUCGACUAAUUGAUUAUUUAAAUUUCAAAGCGUAAUCUAGAUUUAAAAUGGUACAUGUAUUCAGUAAUUUUCUUUUUCCUAAUAUUUCCGCACAUUUUGGUCUUGCGUCAAGAGAAUCUUUUAAAAGAACAACAAAACGUAACCUUUUUCAUACUCUGUAAUCCUUUUAAAUUUUUAGUUCCUUCAACUUCAAAAGUACAAAAUAAUAACUUAUAAGCAAUGACACUGACUGAUUAAAAAUUUUGGUUAGGUUGUGUAAAAUAGAGCCGACAUGUAACCCAUAGACACAUAACACUAACCCCGCUAACCGAUAACAAAAAUUAGCCAGCAUAAGUCUUAAUUAUGUACAAAGUAGAUCGAUUUCUACUUUGUUUAUGAUAACUGUAGCUCUCUAGGAUUCAGAAUUUUAUGCGCGUUGUAAGCAAACGGGUUUGUAAAUGACUAUGGUAGGUCGUUUUAAGAAAUUUAACGAAAUUAAAUACGAUCCUACGAGAAAUAAGUUUUAGUAAAUUUUUGUUUUAUUUGUAAAACUGAAAUAAAGAUUUUGCGACUACGUUUUUAAUAACAUCUGGAUGUUUAGUGACUAAUCUAAAAUAAGCUAAUAUGGUUGAAACGAAAAAUUUAAACUCGUUCCAUUGUUAGCCACAAACCCUCCUAAUAAAAGUCAAAUCGAUAUAAGACGAUCGGCAAACUAAAAUAUGACUUACGAACUUAUAAUAUGACUUAAAAGCUCCUUACGGUGGCUAAUUUACCUAAUCAACUCAGACGACGACGACAGCGACGCUGCACCACAGAUUUUUCCGAAACUUACCCCCUUUAUACAUACGGUAUAGAUAGCUGUUUUGCCUGAACUCGCCAUAAUAACUGAUCUUGAGGCUUUGGGGCCAAUACCUCAAAAUGGAACUUGAGAAACACCUCGAAAACAUCUUUAUUUCAACCAAUCACUUUGUGCAUGAAAGCAGUCAUGUGAUAACGAACAAAAUGUCAUAUCCUGUGGGCUUACAUUCCAUUGGAUAGCCAACGAGGCACAUAAACACACAAACCCUUCGAACCCAGGCCUUUUCCCCCGCCCGCUUUCUACAGUUAUGCCCUUCCAGUGAUCCAUUGUUUAAUGAUCAGUUAAAUUAUCCAAUCAGUAUGGAGCUUCCCAUCAAGCCUAUGAGAUUGAAGUGUCCAGUCUCACCCGGUCACUGGCGCAGAUGGAGGAGCAGCUCAGACUGGCUAACGAAGAUAGGGUAGGUGAUAACUGAGUAUGCGCAAGCAGAGACUCAAAAUAUCCCGGAAAUCUCUUAAUUACUGGAUAAACUAAUAUAUUGUAUGAGAAAUAAAGCCAAGGUAAGUGACAGUUUGCUCUAAGAACCGAAAUUCGUGCUCUGAGGUUUUAAGGUCGCUUAUGUGGUAAAAUGUUUAAGAUUGUUGAACAGAAAUGUUAUUUUUUAUCAAAUCUGCAAUCUUUAUGCUACAAACUGAUUGCAGAGGGACCUCAAAGAGUGAGUAUUUAUGUGCACGGAAAUAAAAUUUAUACCACAGACCUUGAGGACUAUUAGGAUGAUUUGCCGAACUCCUAGACCUGAAUUUUUAAAAUUGAUUCCUUUUCAUAGUCGAAGGCACAAUAAGAACGGCUGGUGAACUGGGGACGAGUAACCGGUUCUUGUAGAGAUAUGUUGAUCUUGGUAUUUGUUUUCAAAGAAGUUUUACAACCAUUCUCAUCCUUUCGUUUUUAUGGCUAUUUGAUUUAUAGGAGAGUAUGAUGCAAGAUCUUUCAGCAGUCAGGGAACUUUGCAUGAAACUGGACCAGACACGCGAAUCUCUCUCCAGGCAACUGGCUGCAAAAUCUUUAGAUCAUGAUCAGGUUAAAAUUCCUCAGUGUUAACCUUUUAUACUUCACGUAACAGAGAACGAUUCGCAAUUACCAUGAUGAAACACUUUGAUUAUUUUGUACGUCAGCAUUUUUUUAAAAAUAUAUUUAACAAAUAGAUUCCAAGUUGCCGUGCGUCUGUUCAGUAAUAGAUCACAGAGGAGGUCAAAAUGUGGUGAGAACAAAAAAGUGGCACACGAGGCGCAGCCGAGUGUGUCACUGAUGUCACUUGGAAUCUAUUUGUUUUAUAUAAUAAAGAAUUAAAAUAUACGGAAAAAGUUUUAAUUAUGACGUCAUCUAUACGUCUGUCUUCCAAUAGACCAUAAGUGAGAACUAAUCAGAAUGCGUGCAUAACUGAGCUUAUUAUAUAAAUAUCUACAGAUGCGGGAAUUACUCGAAGACGCCAAGAUGGAAACAGACGCACUACGGAAAAAGGUUUGGCCUGAAAGGAUCAUGUUCGAGAAAAGCAAAGAUUAUAUUGCGUCUCAUUUGUGACGAGAAAUUUUCCUUAAAAUGAUGUUAUUUUAGAAACCUAUGUACGAUUAGGCGCCAUCAUGAUGAAUCUUCUUUUGUUCUCUGUUUAGGUGUUUUCAGAGAAAGAGACUGUUAGAAGUUUAGAAGGAGUGUUAGCAAAGCAAAGAGAAAAGGUACUUUAUUAAAACUUCUUGGUUAUAACUCUGAGUUAUUCCAGGUAUUUUCGGUUCCAAGUUGCCUGCAAUGCAGAGGUUUUCUUGACCAGAGUGCGCUUUACGAUUACCUCAUCGAAAGUUUGGCCGCCUUCGUGGAUUUUCUAAAGCAGGGAAGGUUGCAUAGAACAAGAAGUUUAAACCGCGUGGGAAUGGGCAACAGGAAAGGAGGAAGGAGGGAAAGAAAGACACCCCUCGUCUAUUUGCAUUUCCUUUGCACUUCCUUGUCUUCCAUGACGAUGACGGUGGUCUGAACAAUAGCAUUUUAUGCUAACAACAGAGGCUGAGAGAUCGGUUUUUAUUUUGACAGGAGUUUGUGGGAAAGAAGUCUUUAGAAACAACUUUGGAAGAAGUGGAUAGAUUGAAGGACAAACUGGCAAAAACAGACGAAGAUAGGUGAGAACUAAGAUGGGUAGGGAGCCUUAGGCUAUGAAAAACAAACUUCACCUUUUAGCUAAAAUGCUUUAAUUUGGAUUCGAAGAGUCAGUCACUCAAAACGAAAUAUCAACGAAUGAAAUUGGUUUCUGUUUGAUCUCGGUUCUGUUCAGUUGUCUGGUACAAAACUUCUGGAAUAUAAUAGCGAAGCGCACGCGCAGCGAAGCCCCAUACCUGUAAUAACGUUUACUCGCUGCAACAACUGUUUUUUUUCUUUUUUUUAUUGAUUUGUUUUGAACUUAUUAUUUUUUUAAAAAUCAUUUACUUUAAACUUCAUUUACUAUCAAUAUUUCAUGACUGGAGGGUCUCUUAGGCGCCUAUGAUAAACCUUGGAAAUGAUAUCAGACCAUGGUAUUUAAUUUCCUUUCCUCUUUAGAUCAUAUCAACGUCAAGAGGUCAACACUUUACGUAAAGCUUCUGAGAGACUUGAAGACGAAGUGGCCAAGUUGAAAAAGAAACUAGCCAACGAGAAAUUUGAAAGGUGAUUUAUUUAGUUUGUGGGUUAUUGCAUCGAAUCUUUGAUAGAGUUGUCUGGGAAAUCUUUGCUAUGCAGAAUGCAAGGAAUGUAGUUCGGUCCCCAACCCACUCCUCUUGUGUUUCGAGAGUUAUUUCCUAGUUUACUAUCUGGUUUUAAAGAAUUAAACGUCCUGAGUCAACAUUCGCAUCGUUAGGGUGUGAUAGGAAACGCUCGAGUAAGGUACACAAACCCACUUUAAUUUAAAAAUAACAGGCCUUUAAUUUAGGUUUUCCGUUCUUUGUGCAGGGAAAGGUUACUACAAGAAACGAGCCGAAAAGAACGAGAUAUUACCGGGUCAGCGUCCAGUAAGUAUUUCUUUAUCGUUUACAAGAGCAUAACCAUAUUUUGCGGAACAAUUUUUUUCGGUUCAAGUGACUGAAAUUUCUGCUGGGAACAUAUUUUGGGAUAGUUCUGUAAAACAGCGUAAAAGAAACGUAAUACAGAAGAAAUCCACGGGGUCCAUAAUUCGUUAAUUGCUGUUCCGUCGGUGCGAAAACGAGAAACACGAAUUUGACUCUUGAUUCGCUUGCGGAGUUUGACUAAAGAAAACAACAAAAGCAGUUUUGUUUGCGCUUUAAGUAAAUAAAGAUACAAUUUUAAAAAAUACAUUCUAAACGGAAAAUUUAUUCGAAGGGGAAAAAAUUAAACAUGCAGAGUGCGAGUUGGAUAGCGGUUCAUCGCUUUUUGUCUUUUUCAGGAGAGUCACUGACAGGCGGUUACUCUCGCAACACGGAGCAAAGGUUGUAUACAUCGUUCAGCAGUGGAGAAUUUGCGAGACUAAAGCCCAAGGACAUGUCUUCACCGCUAGCCUCUGAUCACAGUGAUACAGGCAGACGGCUGAUAUCACCCAUUCGUAGGCGAAGCGUUGACGAUGUAAGUUUCAUCCGUUUGUAG